UCUCAUCUCAUCCUCCCGGACUGGCUCUUUGGUCACGUGACCGGCUGCUGCCGUCUCAAUGCAGCCCCUCACUCUCCCAAUCCGCAGCCCCCCACUCCAAACUCGAAAGGAGAGGGAACAUCCUUCUCUUCACUUGCAGAGGACGUCCGCGUGCACCUGUCGAAUGGACCGUCUGCACUGGGUAAGUGCUGUUCUAUCUAUCUAUCUAUCUAUCUAUCUAUCUAUCUAUCUAUCUAUCUAUCUAUCUAUCUAUCUAUCUAUCUAUCUAUCUAUCUAUCUAUCUAUCUAUCUAUCUAUCUGUCUAUCUAUCUAUCUAUCUAUCUAUCUAUCUAUCUAUCUAUCUAUCUAUCUAUCUAUCUAUCUAUCUAUCUAUCUAUCUAUCUAUCUAUCUAUCUAUCUAUCUAUCUGUCUGUCUGUCUAUCUAUCUAUCUAUCUAUCUAUCUAUCUAUCUAUCUAUCUAUCUAUCUAUCUAUCUAUCUAUCUAUCUAUCUAUCUAUCUAUCUAUCUAUCAGGAUCUUUCCAGUAUUUUUUCAAGCCUUGCAAGACAUUUUCUUUAACUUCUUUCCUAAAUAACGCCUUCAAUUAAGGUGGAAAAUGGCUUCCUUUGAGUGACAUUGAAUUUACUCAAAAUCAACGAGAUAGCUGCAACUUGUGGCUGCUGCAACACUUACACUUGACGUGUGGCUGCACAUUAAAAGUAGGUCAUGGGCACGCUUCGAGACCUUCAGUUCGCCUUGCAGCUAAAGAUUGAAGAGCUCCGUCAGAGGGACACCCUAAUAGAUGAGCUGGAGCUGGAACUCGAUACCAAGGACGAACUCAUUCGGAGACUUCAGGAAGAGCUGGAUCGCUAUAGAGCCCCCGUGGUCCUGCCGGGACCCUCUGUAGCCAGCGCCGCCUGCUUGCCUCGAAGUGAUGACCACCUGCAAAUCGUAAAUAGAAGGACACUCAUUUCUGAGUCCUUCACUCUAGAUUCGACGAAUCUUGCCACCUUUUGUGACAAAAACCAGGAGGCGAAUUUACAGGUGGUGCUUGGGAGAUGUCAGAAGUUGAUUCAGGCCGCUUUUUUGAAGAGCAACUUCUUAAGGAACCUCGAUGAAGAUGAAACAAGAGCCGUCACGACCUGCAUGCAUCUCACGGCCAUCCAUCACAGCUGCUGUGUGAUUCAGGAGGGGACCAGCGGCUCGCAGGCUUAUGUUGUACAGGAGGGGAGGCUGGACGUGACGAAAGAUGGACAGAAAUUGCUCACAAUCGAAGCAGGGGAAGUGUUCGGAGAGCUGGCGUUGCUCUACAACUGCACACAAAUGUACUCCGUCACAGCGCAGUCGGACAGCAAGCUGUGGGUUCUCGAGCGCAAGAGUUACCAGACUGUGCUCAUGCAGAGUGGCCGUGACAGGCUCGCGCGCACAUCGGAGCUCCUGAGCAGCGUUCCCUCUCUGCUGUCCUUGCCAAAGAACGCCAUCAUGAAGAUGUGUGAUCUUAUGGAGGAGGCUCGCUACACUCAAGGCGACGACAUCAUUCGACAAGGCGCCUCAGGGGACACCUUUUAUAUCGUUAACAAAGGCCAGGUGAAAGUCACAGAAAAGAAGCUGGGAGAUGAAGAGCAAGUCCUCUCCAAGCUUUCGGAGAGGCAUUGGUUUGGAGAAAAAGCUUUGUGGGGAGAGGACGUGCGCGCUGUGAAUGUGAUUGCAGCUACUGAUGUGACGUGUCUGCUCAUUGACAGAGAGACGUUCAGGGAUAUAAUUGGAGGGAUGGUAUUUGACAGCAGUAAAGAGGUGCUUCAAAACACUGGAUGCAAAGAGGAGUCAGAAGUCAAGGAUGCUGCCUCCCUCUUAUCUUCCACCUUAAGUGAUUUCCAGAUAAUCAGCAGUCUAGGAGAAGGGCAGUUUGGUCAUACAGACCUGGUGCAACUCAAGAGCAACGCCCAGGGUCUUUUCGCCAUGAGGGUCUUCGAUAAGAAGGCGAUUAUCCACAACGGCCUGCGAGAGCAUGUUCUGAGAGAACGAAACAUCCUAAUGGAUUCCGCAUGUCCAUUCAUAGUCAGAUUGCACAAAGCCUUUCGAGAUGCUAAGUGCAUCUAUAUGCUGACAGAGGCUUGUCUCCAUGGCGAUCUUUACGGCUUGCUCAAAGAAAAAGGCUGUCUGGAUGAGAGCAGCACCAAAUUCUACACGGCUUGCGUGACGCAGGCGUUGACCUUUCUUCAUGCUCGAAAUGUCGUCUAUAGAGACAUCAAGCCUGAAAAUGUUGUUCUAGAUGAGCGAGGAUAUGCCAAACUGGUCGGCUCGAGGUGUUUAAAGAAGAUUGAAAUGGGUAAGAAGACAUACACCUUCUGUGGCACUCCAGGCUACAUGGCCCCUGAAGUCAUUUUCAACAAAGGCCACAGUGUAGCUGCAGACUUCUGGUCUUUGGGUGUUUUUGUGUUUGAGCUCCUGACUGGUGGGCUUCCGUUCAGCGGCGUUGACCCAAUGAGUGUUCUUGGCGACACCGUUCGUGGCAUUGAUAACAUCGACUUCCCCAAAGCAAUCAGCAAGAGUGCCUCCAGUCUCAUAAAGAAGCUGUGCAGGCACAAUCCCUCGGAGAGGCUAGGCAGUCGAAGAAAUGGGGCCAAGGACAUUCAGAAGCACAAAUGGUUUGAAGGAUUCAACUGGGAUGGACUAAGUAGAGGAACGUUAAAUCCACCACUCAGCCCCAAGGUUAAACACAUUUGGAACAGCAGUGGCACAUGUGCUCACUAUAGUGUAGAUGCAGCCGAGCUUGGCACAACAUGGGAGGACUUCUGAUGGAUGAAGUCUAUUUUUUGGUUUAACUGUCAAGAACAAUUCACUCACUACCAGUAAAAACACACUAUAUUUUUUAUUAUCAGCAGAAAUUGUUUGAUAAAGAACACAUGCUUGUCUCAAACGAGCACUUACGUUCUAUUUAUUUAUUUAGUUUGUUUUUUUGGUAAAUAAAAAAUAAUAAUAAUGCAUUUACAUUUGUGCAUCAGUAAUGUUACGACUGUUGGAUGCAAUAAACAGCUUUAUCUCACA